AUGCUCGCACGUUCACACCGUGCGUUGUUCGCGCGCAGACUGUCCGUCGACGCGGGCGCAGAUAAACAACAUGGCCCGCAGACAACGUCCCUGAUCAACACCAACCAAAAACCUGCAAAUUUUCCAUCUGGCGACGCAAACUCGAACAUAAUCACACAAUCAAACACAUCAACUAUCUCUCUCAAUACACAUAAAGAUUCGCAAAAUAAUGAACUUCAAGAAAUCGGCUUAACCCAGUCGAAAGCUUCAGUAAAGUCAGACGAUGAUUUUGACGUUAACGAAUAUUUCGCAAGAUUGCAAGGCACGAGGUACGUAAGCGCACCGCUGAACAGAAAGGAAGAUCAGAACGCAAAUUUGGCAGCUGAAGAGAAUUUAGAAGAGAUAAAUCUCAAUGAACCAGAAAGAGAAGAGAAGGAGGAAAUUCAUAGUAUAACGGCGGAUAUAGCUCAGAAUUUCUCGCAACUGCCCACGGUGUUGCCGCAAGUCGCUAGCGCGGUGUUCAGUUCGUUCUCGAACAUGCUAAGUAUGAAGAGUAGAGAACAAACCCCAGAUUACAGACCUGAAGAAGUUAAGCCUAUGACGUCUGAGGUUCUAUCGGUACCUAAGAGUAUAGCGCCGCCCCCGCUGCGGGAACCACCUAUUACCGGAGGAUCAAAUUACCGCAUCACCACGAAGAAGAAAGUCUACGCUCAGAUUCCCGGACUAACAGGCGAUUACCAACCCGCCAGUCAAAAUGCUCCAUACUUCAACCAACCCAACCAAACAACUCAUAUACACGUAGCUGAAGCGAGCCAAGAUUGUCAAAACCAAGAUAUCCAACCAAUUCCUAAAUCUCUGGAAAAUCUAUCUUCGUAUGUCUUCGCUCCUGAAGCACCAAUAGGAAACAAUGCAGUUAAGGAAACUAUAGCGUCAAACAAUGUAGUUGAUGCUCGUGUCGAAACAAAUCUAGCACCGGUUCCAGCACCCAUUAUUCCGCCACCCCCUAUGUUUUCAAACAGGCGAGACAGUCAAGGCUCCGUGGGUAGAUCAGUGCUACCACCGUCAGUUGCUAGGCGGCUAGCGGCCAACCAACCGCUGUUGAAGCCUUCAGCUCCUCCGCCAACCAUACACGGGAAUAUAUUCGUGCCGACAUUUUUUGAAACGUCACCAUAUGACGUUAAUGCGACUGUACCACAGACCUUGGAUACUCCGAAAUCAAACCAGACAGUAUUUGAUACAUCAGCUCAAAGUAUAUCGACCCAUAAUGUUCCAUUUGAUGUAUCCACAAUAAGAGCAACCGUAUCCACUUCUUCAAGUACAACAGAGGCGUCUGAACCACCAGUUACAGAUUUCUUAUUUCCAAAGAGUAACGAAGCAUCCAAUAUUACAAAACUAGACCAUGUUCCGAUGUUCAAGUCACCCGAUAGUGUAUCCCGACAGAAUGUGCCGUUUGAUAUAACACCGACCAUCACCACUGCUGGAUUGGAAUCAAACAAUACAGAACCUUUGCCUUCAAGUAGUGAUUUUUUAAUGCCAAAAGACAUCAUCCCAGAUGUUAAAGAAAACACGUAUUACUCAGAGUCUCUAGCAAACAUUCCCGCCCCUGUAACAUUCCCUUCAUUCGAUACAACAUUACCAACUAUAAGUACUCUGCCUCCACAAGAACCAUUGCAAUCAUAUAGCCAACCACCGUUAUUCUUCAAUCCAACUACUAAAAGUGAAAUUACGAAACCACCUGCCGUACAAGCCACAUCAGAACCACCCAAGACAGUGCUGGAACCACCAAAACUAACGGGCAAUUUAAAUUAUAGAAUGAACAAAAAGAGACCACAGUACUAUUCUGGGCCUAUAGAAGGAGUUGGAAGUAUAAGCAAUAAUGUUAAACCAAUUAUUAACCCGGUGCAACAUGAAGUAUUUCAAGGUGCUUUGUUUACACCUAGCCAAAUUGAAAAUUCUUCAGCAUUGCCAGACUUAUCGACAUUCGAAACCGCAGCACCUAUAUUUGAUACCUCAGCUCCAUCGUUUGAUGUCACACAAUCAGUGUACACUGCCCCCGAUGAAAAAGCGUGCGGGUACCCAAUAGCUCCACCUCAAACGGAAUUUAGCACUGCCUUUGAUCUAAGUAGACGAACGACUGACCAUUACGACCAUAUACAAACGGAAGCAAGAGGUUUCGGGUUAUUGGGAUCCUUGAAAUCUAAACUCAGUGCUAUAGAUAUUAAUAAAAUACAAAAUUCGGUGACCACCUUCUUUGACCCGACAUAUAAUGAAGCUAAAGAGAAACAGAAUGAUUCUAAGUCUUAUGGACACGGUAAUCACUCUACGUUUGAUAUCUUUGUUGGUAGCUCUAAUGUACCCCAGCCUCAUAGCGGUUAUCCAUCAGAAUUUAACACGCCUCAGAAUAGCGGCCAAGGAUACUAUGGUAAUAUAGAACAACAAUAUACCAGUUACGCAUGGCCUGCCCAAGCUCCGGGCUACCAAGAUUUAACGACACAUAGUUCUGUAAGUACAGACAAUGGAAGUGGUUUUAAUAGUAUUCCUAUAUAUACCACACCCGAUUUACAGACAGCUCAAGUUUCUCAAACAAUGCCAGCACCAACCAAUGCACCAACGGAGACUUCAAAGAAUUUAGUUUUUGCAGGAGAAUUGACUACAAAAGAAGCUUCAAGAAUAAACAAUGAUAAUUUGGUACCAGUGCCAAAAGUAAAUAAUCCACUUAGCUUCUUUAGUACUCAACUCCCAAAACCAGAUAUUCUUGAUGAUAAAAUAGUUGAGAGCGUUACUAAUUUAGUGUUAGAACCUAGUCCUCAACCUGAUGCUAAUGAAAUUCACAGAGUACCCACCGAUACUAUCGGCCAGAGCUUUAAUACACCAAUUGAAAACACCUUCAAGUUAUUCGAUUCCCAUCCGCUGUUGCCAUCUGAUCAAAGCGUUGUUUCCGAAACUACGUUUAUUGUCAAAGAUGAUAUCGAUCCAGACAUGUAUGAAGAACGUUUUAUAGAGAAACCGAUCCCCGAGGGAGUAUCAAAUCUCGACACAUUUUCUGUUACUAACAAAGAUAAUUUAUUUAAGUAUUUCGAACAACCUGUAACGUCUACGCAUCUAUUUGAUUUUCCAAGUUUACCUCCAGUUUCGAGUGAGAUAGACUCUGUUGAAAAAAAAGUAGAAGAUUUGGCACUGCACGAACCAGUCACUUCAAGACCUAAUGAAGAUUUAACUGAGAACGUUUCUGAAUUGAACAUAUGCGUUACGUGUAGAGAAGUAAACAAACACGAAGACAAAGGUGAAAUCGAAGACUUGACUACACAGCUUAUAGAAAACAUUACAGCACCAAUACAACUAUUGAAUCCUGUAGGAACCGUAGCUGCAGAUGAACGCGUACCAGACAUUUCAAGCCAAUCAACAGAGCAACUGGAAGAUAUUACGCAUAUAACCGAAGACUUAAUUGAAAACAUACCUAUACAUUCCGUCACUGAACUGCUUGGAGAUAGUAUAGAAAAUACAAUGACUAACUAUGGUUGGACAGCUGAUAUAAACGAUAUCCUAAAUUCCCCGUUGAGUGAGCAAAAUUACAACCUACCAGAUGGUAGUUCUAUAGGAUUUUUCCAGACUAAAUCGCUAUUCGAUAACAUGACAAACGCCAGCGACGAGAUAAAAGCAGAGUUUAAAAAUUCACAUGAAGAACUAAUGCCGCCGCUAUCAUUACCGACCGCACCACCUGAAGAAGAUAAUAAAUCAGACGAAAGCGGCUUAGACGUGCAUUCCAUAGAGCAGGACGCUACAAAGGACUUUCCCUAUUACGACGAAUUCGUCAUCGAACCAUCCGAGACUGAUGACGAUAAAAUUGAAUUCAUGGAACGCGAGAAGACGUCUGAAGAACAUGAAGUGGACACGUUCACGAAUAGAGUGGAAAGAUAUAAGAAAAUGGAAACAGUGGACGAUGACAUCGAGAAAACUGAAACCGUAUCAACAAGUCCAUCGUUGCCUAUGGCCUCAUAUUUCGACACGGGGAAUUACGCUGUAGAGAAUCACUAUAGAAAUUCUCUGACGUCACCCCCUUCGUUCGCGGGGACCGACGUAGCUACACGUAUCCCGCCUGGUUUCGAAAAGGAGUUUAGCAAACGUUUUCCCUGUGUUACAUCGACGAGGUUCUCUCCAGAAGAACACAUAACAUACGUUCCCGAUACACAGACACAAACGCGUCUUUCACCAAUACUAACAUACUCACAAUCGCCAACAACACUCACUGAAAGCCCAGUCACCAGCGAUGUGAAACCUAGCGCAAUAGAAACAAUUCUAACGAAACCUAUAGAAGCCAUUAUGCCAGAUGCAGACCGCUUACCCGCUUUCUCAAGUCUGACAGAGAGCAAAGAACAAUUGCCGGAUCCGAAAAACUUCUUCGCCACAGAACCGGAUAAAGAAGAGUACAACUUCAGUAGACUGUCGAGUUAUUUCACCGCUCCGCAGACAGAAAACGCGAAGUCUUUUUUUGAGUUGAGCCAGUCCCAAGACCACUAUAGGCACGUUGACACGAGUGAAACAGAAACGCACAAAUCCGAAAGAUAUAAUAAUAAUAUGAAAUUAAUCCGCGAUCUAGCCACAUAUAAAGAUAUAGCACCGAAAGAUAUAGUUAGGACGGUCAAUUAUUUUACAGUCGAGUACGAUAAAGCUAGUGUAGGUGAACCGAUAGCGUCUGUUAAAAUUUCAGACAAAGACGUCGAUAGAAUAGACAGUAUGCCGGUAGACAAAGUUAGGAAGUGUAAAAAUUGCUGUGACGUUAGUAAAGGUUGUGUGAAAAGAGUGGAAUUGGACUAUAGUAAUUUGAAGAUUAAACGGUACAUGGAUAGUGGGGAGGAGAAAAAGGGCGAGAUGAACGCUGAAAAUAGUGAGGGGAGGCGACAGAAUGUGACGGUAAAUUUUAUGGAGAACUCGCUGCGGGAGGAGGACGAUGGUGUUGCUAUUCUUACUGAGAACCGCAACACAACGGAAUACGCGCCAGUGAAGUACCACUGGUUCUAUCGAGUGGAAAAAGACGGCCAGUCGACGUGGCGGGGCUUCUCUGUCGCUGACAGUCGGGCUCUGGAGAACGCGUUUAAUAGCCCUGAACUCGACGAGCACACUUUAGUGCCAACAGAUGGCGGUAGGUACGACGUCAACGUGGAGGGGAGGCUCCGUGUGCCGGUCUAUUGGUCCGAAAAGCCGACUAAUGUUAGAAGAUGCAGUUGGUUCUACUGUAACACAGACGGCAGAUACGUCCCGUAUACAGAACCUGUUGCCGAGAAAUUGGAGGAGGAAUACCAGCACGGCAUAACGACAGGCGAAUGGCACAGGAGGCUCUUCCUCCCCAACGGAGAGCUGGUGGUGAUGCACGGACCAGCCGUGAUGGUGCAUUUCUUGCAGAACUCGGUGGACAGCUUCAGCGGAAGUCCUCAAUCCAUGUCGCGCCCACGCGUGGUCAAACGUGGAGGGGUGGAGUCUGAAAUCGAAGACACCGAGCCGUCCAGCAUUGACCAUCUGCUACUGCUGUGCCACGGAGUGGGCUCAGCGUGCGAUAUGCGCAUGCGUCCCGUAGAAGCUGUCGUCGAUGACUUCAGAAAGACGAGUAUGCAGUUGUUACAAUCGCACUACAAAAAUUCCUACGACAGCGGUCUGAUUGGGCGUAUAGAGGUGUUGCCUAUAUCCUGGCACUCGAGCCUCCAUUCAGGGGAGACCGGGGUGGACAAGCGUUUGUCCAACGUUACCCUGGAAAGCAUACCCUGGCUGAGAAACUUUACGAACGACACAGUCUUGGAUGUGCUGUUCUACACGAGCCCUGUUUUUGGACAGACAAUAAUAGACACGGUCUGCAGAGAACUGAAUCGAAUCUACUGCCUUUUCAAGCAGCGGAACCCAGAUUUCAAAGGAGGCGUGUCGUUGGGCGGUCAUUCCCUAGGCAGUGUUAUUUUAUAUGACCUUUUGGGGCAUCAGAUAUCUGAGUCAUCGGAAACAAAAUGCUCGACGGAAAAGACAUACGUCCAAGAGUGUGCCGGCACGGGGCAGCCCAUGUUCAAAUAUCCGAAGCUGGAGUUCAGCCCCGAAGCUUUGUUUGCGCUUGGCAGCCCUAUUGCUAUAUUUGAGUGCGUGCGCGGCGUGGAGAUGCUCGGUCGCGACUUCUGUCUACCCACAUGCAAGAAGUUCUUCAAUAUCUUUCACCCGUACGAUCCCAUUGCAUAUAGAUUAGAACCCAUGAUAAACCCAGAGCUGAGGGAUAUAAAGCCAUAUCUCAUCCCUCAUCAUAAGGGAAGAAAACGUAUGCAUUUAGAAUUAAAAGAUACAAUGGCGCGUGUUGGUGCGGAUAUAAAACAGAAAUUGAUAGAAUCGAUCAAAAGCACUUGGUCCAGUAUGUGGAAGACAGCACCGCCACCUAGCGAUCAACUUGAGAAGGUAGUCGAAGAAGAGAUGGAGAAAGCAGAUUUAAACGAUGAAUGCAAACAAGACACUGCGCAGGAUAAAGAGGCAACACCGGACAUGCUGGGAAAGCUAAACGGCGGGCAGCGCAUAGACUAUGUAUUACAGGAGGCGCCCUUUGAAAUGAUUAAUGAAUACCUCUUCGCUAUGACGAGCCACGUUUGUUAUUGGGAAUCGGCCGAUACGAUUCUCCUCAUCUUGCGAGAGGUGUACGCGUCCAUGCGCGUCCAGCCGGACUGCUGCGUGCCGCAGCAGACCAUGACGGUGCAGCGCACGCGCGUAGCCACGCCGGAUGGCAUAUUUACGGCGGCGUCUUUAGAAUCGCCCUCAACGAGCCGGGGCAGUUCGACGUAA